AUGCCACUGGAGGUGAUCUACGUGGCCCGUCAUGGGUUCAGAUCAAACUGGCUCGUUGAUCACGCCACUGGCACCUACACAGCGACCCUACGGUCGCCAACUGGUGGAGCGGCUGAUCCGGCUCUGACAUCCCAUGGCGUUGAUCAAGCGAGGGAGCUUGGCGAGCGGCUGUUGAAGGCAGAGCCGCCCAUUGAGCGCGUCUAUUCCAGUCUAUACUACCGAUGUCUUCAGACAGUCGAACCCUUUGUGCGCAAGGCCAUCGUCACUGACAAGCGCCUGUCCAUAAGGGGCGAGACUGGUCUGGGUGAGUGGUAUGGAGCAGCCAACUUUGAGCACCCGGUCCCAGCGUCCCAUGAAAUUCUGAGGCCGCUGUUCCCGGGCCUGCUCGACGAAGAGUACAGACCGCUAGUAACGCCGACCCGCAUGGGAGAGGGUGUUGAUGAGCUGCAUGACCGAGUCGCCAGGACCAUGGACGAGCUCAUUGCUCAGUGCGACAGAGAGGGCGUGCGUGCCGUUCUGCUCUGCUCACAUGCUGCCACCAUAAUCGCUUUGGGCCGAGUGCGCUUUUCCGGAGACGAGUCGUUCUUUGGUACUGCUUCGGGACAAAGCAUGCUCGAUGCUGGACAGCUGGGAGUGGUUGUCGAGGGCAGAGGGGGUGAAUCGACAAAUCGGGGAAAGCUUUGA